GGGUCCAGCGCGACCUCUUAAUCAACAGGCCUGGCUGCAGCUGGAGACACUGGGCCUUUGCCUUCUGCUAUCCAUCCAUCCAUUCUUCCUUCCUUCCUUCCAUUCAUUCACUUUCCUGCAUCCCCCUUCUCAUCCACCGCUCCUCCCCGGUCGCUUUGGUGGCUUUGAUCGCUUUGAUCGCUUGGGUCGCUGUACUAAUCUCGAUACGAUCGCGCCGGUGGUAUAGUCGCCGCACUUCAUAUUUUUCACCUUUUUCUUCUCUCUUUUACUUUUUUUGAAUCAGCUGGCCCUUUUGUUCUAGAAAUUUACCUGUUUGUGGCUGGAUUUGCAGCUCUGGGGUACUCGACACACCGAGUGGGGAUCGGAUUACUGUUUAGCCAAUUCUCUCCCGCCCGUCACUUCUUCUUCCACCAUGUGUUCCGACCGCACUCCUCCCCAGGACCCCAGCUUCAUCGAGGCCGACAGCUUCAGCGACAAUGACUCCACCUAUCCCGGCUCCCUGGGCGAUGCCAGCUACACCACCAGCAUCACCUCCAGUGCCAUGAACUAUGCGUAUGAGAACGGUCGCAGAUACCAUUCCUACCACGAGGGCGAAUACAUCCUGCCCAACGAUGAACAAGAACAAGACCGUCUCGACCUGAGUCAUCAUAUCUAUCGCAUGCUCCUCAAGGGAGAACUAUGCAAAGCGCCGAUCCAGAACCCCGCACGCGUCUUGGAUAUUGGAACAGGCACGGGAAUCUGGGCCAUCGACUUUGCCGACGAGCAUCCCGAGUCCGAAGUGAUCGGCAACGAUCUCAGUCCCAUUCAGCCGUCAUGGAUCCCACCGAACUGCCGAUUCGAGGUCGAUGAUUUCGAGCAACCAUGGUCCUACAGCAAGCCUUUCGAUUACAUUCACGGUCGGGAACUGGAGGGAUGCAUCCGCGAUGUCGACCACCUCUUUCGCCAGGGAUUGGAGAACCUGAAGCCCAAGGGAUGGAUGGAGAUUGCCUCCAUGGAGGUCAACACAUACUCGGAUGAUGACACACAUUUGAGGGCGAAGACCCUGCUGGAGGGCAUUGUCUACAUGCACGACUCGGCUCGGGAGUAUGGGAAGGACCUGGCCAGUGUGCACUCGUGGAAGGAGAGUAUGGAAAGGGCGGGCUUUGUCAACGUCCGGGAGGAUAUCUUGAAGCUCCCGCAAAGUCCUUGGCCCAAGGACCCAAAAAUGAAGGAUUUGGGUCGCUACCACCAGGUCAACAUGUUCGAGGCCUUGGGGCCAUACUGCUAUGCGUUGUUCACACGCGUGAUGGGCUGGGAACGACCGGAGAUUGAGGUAUUCGUGGCAGGCAUGAAACAGGAGCUACGCGACCUGAACCUGCAUUUAUAUACGAAGGUGCACAUAGUGUAUGGGCAGAAGCCGGAAUAACACGCAGUGUCUGGUCGGCUGUUUUGUUUCCGUCAUGUGAUAUGAGCCAUUGAGCGUGUUCUGUCAUGUUUAAUAAUGCUAUCAAUUACACGAAGCCCUUUUUGAUGCCUAGA